AUGCACGUGGGCCCACAGACUGUGAGGUCCUGUGCCAAGCUCCAGGUGGUGCCAAGUGUCCUGAGUCGCAGGUUGUCCGAUCAGGAAGGCUGUGGUGCUGAGCCUCAGUCUGCCAGGUCAGAGGGGCGAGUCUCCGGAAACGGGUCCACAGACCCUGGGAUAGCAUUGCAAUCGAUGGUGUCAAGUCUUGCGAAAUUUGUGGACAACAAUAACUUAGGGCAAAAAAGCAGCAGUGCAGCCAGCGACCUGGCAAGAACGCCCAAUCCAAACAGUUGCACCAUUGAAGCAGACACAAGCGGGCAGGAAGCAGCACCUCUGCAGAGUGCCAGCACCUCCCAAGAUCGAACAAAGAAGGAGGCCUUUGCACAGUUGGAAUCAUCACGGCACAACUCUGAGACUGACUGUCAGGAAGGCAGCCAACAAGGGGAUGUUGAGGAGACGGCAGAGGACCUACUUGCCGCUGAGCAGCUCUGUGCAUUGGCAACUGUGGGGCGCGAGGCAACUGCAGCCGCUGAGUCCUCUCCCAAGCCCAGUGAGGAUCGCCAGAUCGCUGCAGCUGGAGGUGACCAGCCACUCCCAACUUGGCAGGUUAAGAGACCACGAACAAAUUCUUUUCGCGGCAGGCAGGAUUUCGACUCGUUGGAGUCUGCACUGAGGGAGAGUGGGAUGAGUGUUGUCAAUGGUCAGCAAGAUUUUCUCAACGCAUUCCUGAAUGCACAGAAUUCAACCAGGAGGGCUGCAGUUUCCCUGGGUGCCCCAGGGAACGGCUUCAAGAACUGCACAACCCCAACCAAGAGAAGGCGGCUUGAUGUUGGCGCCCUCCUCGACUCAACCAUGGAUCAGCCGAUGGCGGAGUCGCAGCCAGUUGAGGGGGACAGUUGUAAUGAUGGCCUGAAACUCGAGUCAGAAAGCAUGGGCCUUGCUGAGGACGAUGGACAUUGCGGAAGGAGAGGCAGCAACGACAGCUCAGCGACAGCUGUUCCUGAUGCGGAAAUGAGCGUUGAUGGUGCUGGAAGUCCAACGUGCCACGGGCUUGAGGCAAUGAAGGACGCCACUGAGGCCAAGGGCGUGGCUGUAGAUGCCCAGGACUACAGCACCCAAAUGUCGUCACUUCGGCUUGGCGUCUUAAGCACCUAA